AUGGGAAUUUUAUUUGAGCGCCCCUUCUACCUAACUCAGGUAACAACAAGUUGUAGUUUCUGUCCGUGGUCAGUUACGGUAAAGCAGUCACCGAGCGUAGACAAACUUUAA